AUGACGACGAGAGAGGAUGGUGACAAACAGAUCGCACUUGCGAAAGGCGGUGCAAGUGGGGGACAACCAACGACGGUGGAUAAGGCUACACUCUCACCGAUGUACCUUCAUCAAUCUGACGGACCUGGGAAUCUAAUCACCACGGUGCAGCUAAGGGGAGAGAACUAUGAGGAUUGGUCCAAGCACGUGCGGAAUGCCUUGCGGACGAAGAGAAAGUUGGGAUUCAUUGAUGGGUCUUUCGUCAAGCCUGACACGGAAGAAGAGAUAGAGCAAUGGGAGGUCGUAAACUCGAUUGUGGUGGCGUGGCUCAUGAAUACUAUUGAACCCACGCUCAGAACCUCUGUUUCCAUGGUCGAUGAAGCAAAGGUUCUUUGGGAUGAUUUGAAACUGCAGUUUUCUGAAGGAAACGGACCACAAAUAGGUGAAAUUCGGGCAGCUUUGGCGAAUUGUCGACAAGGAGGGGAUACUGUCAUGGUAUACUUUGGGAAGCUCAAAAAGAUGUGGGAUGAAUUGGCAAUAUAUAAGCCAAUUCGGACGUGUACAUGUGGAGAAUUGGCUGCUCAAUUGGAAGAAGAUCGAGAUGAAGAGAGACUUAACACAUUUCUCAACGGCUUGGAUGAUGCUCGCUUUGGAACAGAAUGUUCUACAAUUACGAGCUUAGACCCUCUACCUAAGCUUUCUCAAGUUUAUCAACGUAUCAUCCGGGAGGAGAGACAACAAAUGGUGAUACGAAAUAGAGAGACAAGCACCGCAUAUGUUGUUAGGUUCUCGGUGGCCGCUGGACCACAUGGCAAUCGUACUUACCGUGAACCUUUUCGUGAAAAAGAUGUAACAUGCACUCAUUGUGGAAAGUAUGGGCAUGCAUCAGCCGAUUGUUUCCAGUGGAAAGGUUAUUCCGAAUGGUGGGGAGAGAGAGGGCGUGAAUUUGGUGGCCGUGGUAGAGGAGGUGGUGCUCGUGGGAGGUUUGGUCGUGGUGGUGGAGCGUUUGGAGGCUCUGGCCGCGGAAGAGGCAAUGGAGGUCGUGCGAAUGCCACACAAGCACCACAGUCGAAUGCUGUUCAAGCAGCUCAUGUUGGGACGAUGAAAGUGGAGCUUGAUCGGAGUGCUUUCCCACAAUUGACGGAUGACCAGUGGAGUGCGGUUCGACAAUUUGUCAACACAACUAAGCAAGAUUCUGUUGACAAACUGACCGUUAAGAGAGAUAAUGUAGAUUUUAUUAUCGACACAGGAGCUUCUCACCACAUGACAUGGAAGUCGGAACUUUUGAGCAAUGUUUGUGAUAUAUAUCCAUGCUCGAAUGGAUUACGAGAUGGUGAUAGAGCAAUUGCUGUUAAACAAGGGGAUAUUUUUUUAGGGGGAGAUUUGUGGCUUCGGGGAGUUUUAUACUCUCCACAAUUGCAAUGCUCUUUGAUAUUUGUUGCUAAGUUACUUAAAUUGACAAAGGGUUCAAUGAUAUUUACUGAAGAUUUAUGUGUGUUGCAGGACCGUACUUUGAAGAUGCUGAUUGGCGGUGAAGAGUGUGGAAGGGUCUAUGUUUUGCGUGGUGUUAUGGGGAUUCAAGCUUAG